UCGCCUACUCUCGCCGUUUGCUCGCGUGUUUUGUGUGCUUCUCGCCGAUCCAUCGCAUCCGCCCCCAUCCGUCCCUCCGCCGGAACCGAGUGAUAUCCGUUUUGUGGAAGAUAAAAGCCAUGUUGAAAUCCAUUCUCGUUUUGUCCUGCCUUUUGGCCAUCAGCCUGGUCAGUGCCGAGGAUCUGAAGGUGGACGUGAUCAGUUUGCCAGAGGGAUGUGAACAAAAAUCCAAGUCCGGGGAUUCUACAAUGCAUUACACCGGAACCCUGCUGGCCGAUGGCAAGAAGUUCGACUCGAGCUUCGACCGCGACCAGCCCUUCACAUUCCAAUUGGGCGCCGGCCAGGUGAUUAAGGGUUGGGAUCAGGGUCUCCUUGACAUGUGCGUGGGUGAGAAGCGCAAGCUGACCAUUCCCCCUCAUCUGGGCUAUGGCGAUCAGGGUGCCGGCAAUGUCAUCCCCCCAAGGCCACCCUUUUUUGAGGUGGAACUGAUCAAUAUUGGUAAUACCCCGGCCACCACGAAUGUCUUCAAGGAGAUCGAUGAGAAUGCCGACAAACAACUGAGUCGCGAAGAGGUCAGCGAGUAUCUGAAGAAGCAGAUGACCGCCGUGGAGGGUCAGGACUCGUCGGAGCUGAAGAACAUGCUCGCUGAGAACGACAAGCGUGAGGAGAUCUUCCAGCGAGACAAGGACAAGAACGGUUUCAUCUCCCACGACGAGUUCUCCGGCCCCAAGCACGACGAGCUGUAGGGUCCCCCUCAUGGGGCUCACAUUCUCGGGGGUUUAUUUUCUUUUACAUCGAAGGGACACGA